UCUCUUCCCUGGCCGGCCUCUCAAGCCGCCCGCCCGCUGGGCCUUUCACCUUCUGGCAAAGCCAGGGAAUAGCGGUCGCGGCGGGGCCUGGGGCGCAGCACACUCCCGCUAGCCCGGCCUCGCCUCGCAGGCCCCGGGGCCGAACGCCAUCCCAGGGGCGAGGCCUUCGGGCCACACUCCCGCCUUCCCGGAUUUAGGGCGAGUCCUUCCCGGGACUCUGAAGCGGCCCGGGACGGGGAGCGAGCGCGGGCUGGGGCCUCGCCUCUCCGAGGGAUGCAGGGGAUGGAGGCGGCAGUGAAGCCUGCGCGCCGCGCUCAUUUUCCUGACUUAGAGCAUCGGUGCUGCUAGAAGCGGAGGGCUCGAUAACUGUCUUCCGGGAAGACCGUCCAGAGGCCUUCACCGGGAGCGUCAUGUUCUUUAAAGUCUGCAGACAAGGAUGUCUGGAGUGCAGUUCCAGAGUUUACCGGCCCUGAAGAUCUUUGGGUUUUACUGAAAGGGCUCAUGUUACAAUCCCAACCCUGGCCUCUGGAUUGGACCUCAGAGGAGAAGAGGUUGAGACCUGCUGCUGUAGGUGAUCCGGUAGAGGAGAUGACUGCUGUCCUAAAGACAAUCCUUAAACUUCACAGAGUUACUUCCGUGAAACUUGAUUUAUAUCCCCGAAAAGCAUAUAAACUGAAUGUAAUAAAUGACUGUAGAAGUUAACCCUUUAAGAACAUCUUGUGGUGGAUCCUUAUUGUGUGAAGGGAGUAAUUAGCUCCUAAUCUGUUGUUUAUGCAUGGAUUCCUUAUCCACGGAGUUUACUUCAUGUGGGACACAUCUAGACAUAGGAUGAUUCCUCAGAGUGACCUGACAGAGUAACCGUUAAGACCCAGGAGCAUGUACAAGCAUCCAGGCCAGGGAGCAGAACACCCAGCACCAUGCAAGUGACUCCAACUGUGGCCAGAAAUGGUCCAGAGCAGCCGGACAGCGGACCUCUCCCAGGACCCACGCUCUGCCUCCGGGGAGACCGGAUGCCUAGCCUGGUAGCUCCCAAGCCUCCCCGGACAUGGAAGCUGCAGCUCCAAGGCCCCUCUGUGCUCGAGUCCAAGGUGAAGGCCUUGAAGGAGAAAAUGACAGCAAGGAAACAGGGGGCAAAUCCCUGCCUCACUUCCUAUGAGCGUCCACCGCCCCCCAAAUCCAAGUGCUGCCAAGUCAAGCCCGAAGCUGUCGGGAGCCUACUUGAGGGCUCUUCUGAACUACCAGAUACCCCGGUGGUUACCCAUGCUCAGAACCAGAUUGAUGGGCAGCUAGACAGCAGUGUUAAUGAGAAGAAACCUGCCAGGAAUGGUGGAUCCAGGCCAUCUACCCCUGGCCUCGAGAGUUGCAAUGGACAAAGCCUGUGGUCUCCAGAAGCAGCGUGGCUGCUGGCUGAUCAUGAGGCUGGCCCGGCACCAGGAUCUGGCUCUUUACAAGAGGGCCCCAACAACCAGGUUUCUGUGGGCCAGCCAGAGGGGCCUGGUCCCUGCAAAACCACCCACCUGAGCAGCCUGAAGAAGAGAAGACCCUACCCACUUGGAGCUGGGGUGGUGACAGAGAGAGAUCUAGACAACAGAGCCCUAACAACCUCCAGGGAGCACUUAGUCCCCAGAACAGACCUGCCAGAGAUGUUCCGGAGAGCUGGUGGCCUAGAGGCACAGGGCACUGGGACAAACGCUUUGUCCCUGUCUGAACAGGUGGAAAAGAACCGCCUCCUACUGCAGGAGAUGCUGAAAGUUUCCAGACAGAGUUCUUCCACGGUGGGAAGCCCAGACUGCACUCCAUCCUGGGACAGGGCUGCAUCAGAGAGACCAGCGGGAGACGUGGACUGGGACUCGGGCACCCCCCUGCAGGACUCAGGUCAGAGCAGGAUCUGCGUUCCCAAGCUGGAGCCUGUUCUGAGUGCCAGGUAUGAGGGAUCCAAGCAUCUGACUCAGCAUGCUCGCAUGAAGGCCAGGACUCAACCACUCCGAGCCAGCCAUGAUAUUGUGCCCACCAUUGCUCAGGGCAGCCGAAAUGGCCAAAGCAGUCCAGCUCUGGAUGUCAGGAGCAGCUCUGCCUCCAGAGAGAGCCUCCAGAAUGGGAACCUGAGUGACUCUUCCGAUGUGGAGUCUGGCAAUGGGCAGUGGCCCAAGCAGGGAAUGCCGCUGUCUCAUGUCCGUUUUGAAGAUGAGUCUGCCCACGAGGCUGAGUUCCGGUACCUGGAACGGCGUCAGCAGCGCCAGCGUCAAGUGUUAAGCACAGUGCUACCAGCUGUGGGCCAAGGACCUCUGCGCUCCAAGCCUGACUUAACCAACUACAUUAACCAUAACAUGGGGAACAGUGCAUUCCACAGGCCUAUGGGCUCCCUGGACCACAGUGAUUUCCCUGCACCACCAUCGAUAUGGGACAGUGAGAGGACGUGCCCAGCCUGUGGCAGCUGUCUUGAGGAGCGUUGCCCUGCUGAGGGGAGAGCAACGCCUGACCUGAGGGUCCUCCAGGGUCUCCAGGCAACCUGUGAGCAGACAUUGCUGCUGGGACCCUGUAAUUCCCAUGACUUGAGCUCCCCAUUCCCAGGGCACCACACAGAAUGGAUCCGGGAAACACACAUCACAGACACUGUUGCCACGCAUCCUGAGGAGGGGGACUCUGUCCUCAACAGCACCGUCAAUUCAGAUAGCUGGACUGACAUUAAGGAUGCCAGGACCUCUCAGCUCAGCAGGGCAGGUGGGCAGACACAAGGCAGCAGCCCCCAACAGUGGCACUGUGACUCUAGACCUCAGGAAGGCCCCAGGUGGCCCAGGACUGAGGUGGAGCUGCCCUGGGAGCUUCAGGCCUGGCCUCACCUACAUGAGGUUGGUGAUGUGGUUGUAGGAGGGGAGAUAAAAGGAGCCACAGGACACAUUCCCCAGGGGACUUUGUUUGUAAAGGAAGAUGCUGAGCCCAAACCUGCCUCCGAACCCAAGAGGUCUUGGUCCCAGGGGCAUCUUGGACUACAGUUAGGAAAUCACCAGACCCAGCCUGAGGAUUCCUGGACUACAUGCAGGACAGCUUAUGCUGUGUCAUCUUCCAAGAAGCUUGGGUCCUCAGGGUCAGGUCAACCAGACCAAGUGUCUGAAAGCCACGAGUCUCUGGAACCUGCGUGCACUUCUUCUCUCCAAGGAAGUCCUGAGGAGCCCUCUGCACCUCACCCAGCCCUGCAGCCAACUUUGCCCCUCUCCCUUGAAGGCUGGGCGCCAACCCCUCCCUCUUCAAAGAAAUCCUUCUGCCCGAUGCCUCUGAGGAAGUCAACCUGUACUAGACAUCACAGGCAGGAACUCCAGGUUGAGCAUAGGGAUAUCCCCUUGCCUCUGUCCCCUCCAAGAAUCUCAGUUCACACCUCGCCCCAGACCCAACCCAACAGGCCCCGUGUCAAGCAUCCACUACUGGACCUGUCUGCCAGCACCAAUGGCAGUGUCCCUCUGUGGCUGCAGGAGCCCCGAGGAGCAGCUGUCCCCAAGAGUAGAGCUGACAGGGAGUACUGCUGCCAGGAGCCUGGACCGCCCCUGGAGAGUGACAGAGAUGGAACACUCUGGGACUCUCUCCAGUCAGCAGAUGUCGCCACUGUCAACUCUACAGCCGUCACCCUUUCCCUCACCUCAGAGGAGCCUGGGUGCCCCCUGGAGUCACACAGGACAGAAUCCAGCUCUGGCGGCCACAUGCCCACUGGAGUAUCACCUGAGGCCAGCGCAGGGCACGCACCACCCUCAGCUGCCCAUUCUGAUGGGAGCAAGAAAAGGAGGAGCAGUAUCUCCUCUACCCUGGGGCUCAAAAAACUCUUCUCAGCCCUGGGCCACACCCCCCGGGCCAGACUGGGCACAUCCCGGAGCUACAGUGUGGAACAGCUGCAGCCCUCAGCACUGGCUCCCCAGACCAGUACCUCCAAAGUGAAGAGAGCCCCGUCAUUGCAGAUCCUGCAUCUGGUGUCACCCUCUCAUCAGCAUCGGAAAGCAACUUCCUUCCAGAACCUCCAUUCUCUGCUAGGCGGCAAGGGAGAUCGGUCCAGCCUCUACCUGGUAGAGGGGUCAGAGGACCCCAGUACAUCGAGCAGGCCAGCCAGAGCCUUUCCCCAUCGUGCCCUCAGCGUGGAAGAUGUGGGUGCCCCUAGCCUGGCUCGCACUGUGGGCCGGGUGGUAGAGGUGUUCCCAGAUGGCACGAGUCAGCUGCAGCUGCAACGACCCCCAGAGGGCACUUUUGGUUUCUGUGUGGCCUACGGCAAUGGUCGUCGAGACUCAGGACUCUACGUGCAGGCCAUGGCUGACCGGGAUACUGCCAAGCUGUACUCGGGGCUGCUUGGAGUGGGGGAUGAGAUCCUGGAGGUGAACGGGGCCAAGGUUGCUGGGCUGGGCUUGGCUCACAUCAAGGAGCUACUGGCUCGUGUGGAGAGCUUGUCAAUCCGUGUCUUGAGACAGAGGCCUGUUCCCCAGUGACCCAGAAGUACUGUUGCCUCCAUCGACACUCCCUUAGAAGCCCUGACCCCCACACUGCGGGGGGUGGGGGCUGGGAAUGCACUACUCAGAGAUAAUUUGUGGCUGGAAAAUGCGGUUCGCAGAUCAGGGUGGCAUCUAGUUGUCUGGGCUGUGGCAGAGCUGCUCUGAUCUGACCUGCAGAAAGACGCGAAGAGCCUGUUUAUACAUAGCCGUUAAGGUCACUAAUUUAUGCAGAUCUGGGGAAAGAAAAUAAUGGUCUUUUUCCACGACAGAAGUGGUAGCAGCAGGAUGUGUCCCUUUGUUGGAGGGAGAGGAGAGCGAAUGACUGUCUCCUUGGGUUGGUCCCUGAGAGCUGGCCUCACGCCCUGGGUCACACUCACUGAAAAGCCUCCUCAGCCCCCAGCACACCAGAGACAAAGUGGCCUCAUGGGCCUUGUUUAGUCUCUUUCAGCUGUGACUUGCCUGGUUCCCCUGUGCCUGCACCUUUGCUCCUGAUCCAGAAGGGGCUCAGUGUCUUGGCACAGCAUGGCAGCCAGGAGUGCAGGUUCCAAAUCAAGCGCUGGGAAAUGCGGCUGUCAAGAGUUCUGAGCCCGCUCUGGGUAUGUAGACAUCCGAGAGGUUCUGAGAGCCAGAAUGUUAAGUUCUGAGCCCCCUCUGGGUAUGUAGAUAUCCGAGAGGUUCUGAGAGCCAGAAUGUUAAGAAAUUCUAGGAAAUUUUUAUGAUCAACACCAAAAAAUGAAGUUGAAUAAAUGAAUGAAACUAUUGCCAUUUUAAGUAAGUGUGGACAUGGUACUAAGGGUGCAGGAGUGGAGCCCAGCCAGUCCAGCCAGCCCUUUGGCGCCACCCCUGCCUAGCCCGUGGCUGCUGCAGCCUGGCCUGGGCGGGCCUUGGUCUUUGUUCUCUUGUCCAGCUUGGAGACAGGGCUGCAGCUGGUGUCUGGCUGUCCCCCAGCUGCAGGAUUCCUGUCCAGACCUCCCUGGUGGCAGCUGUGGGUGGGCAGCAGGCAGGGAGGCUCUGUGCUGGGGGUGACCAUCCCACCUAGGCACAGCCUGCCCAAGGGGUCAGGACUCCGUAGAUGUAUGGACAGGUGUCAGUCUUAAAUUAUUAAAAUAAAAAGCUGAAGCUGCUUCCAUUGGA